AUGGUGUCAACUAGGCACCACCCACGCCCGUUCCCGGAGCCAGCGUCGCCCACGGGAUCCAGCCGAUCGAACACGGCAGAAGCGACAUCGACACCGACACCGAAGUCAUCUUCGUCCACACCACCGGACGGCACCGUCACGGUGGCGUCGAGAAGCAUUCGGAAGCGUCAGUCAGGACGGUCGGUCGCUGCUAGACGAGCAUCGUCGGCAUCUGGAAACACGUACCUGCAUAAGAUACCACCCUUGCUGAUGAUCUGGCUCUGCGUCUCGCUUCCACUGGUGCUUUGGGACACGGGGUACAUCUUCUGUCGGCCUUAUUCGAUGCCUGGGGGCAGCCUCCAUUGGCCGUUGUGGACGCCGUACGCGCUCUACGGGACUGUGGACUAUGUCUACGGCUGGCCGGCGUGGAAUGGCCACGUCGGAUUUUCGGCCGCGCAGGCGUCGUUGAAUGCCGUAGAAACAGCCAUGUAUGUCUACUAUUUGGCCGUGGUCUUCAGCAAUAGGGCUGGGGCUGAGGGAGUCUUCCGCUCCAGCAACCUUCAUGGGUUCUUCGUUGGUGAAACCGACAAGGCUAUCACCGGGCCAAGAGUGGCCAAGGCUGUUCUGGUGCUGUACUCUGCGGCGGUGAUGACGCUGAGCAAGACGGUGUUGUACUGGCUCAAUGAGUACUUUUCCGGGUUUGCCAAUAUUGGUCAUAACACUCUCUCCAAUCUGCUUCUGUUGUGGGUUGUUCCCAAUGGAUUAUGGCUCAUAUUUCCGACUUACAUCAUUUAUGUACUUGGAAAAGAACUCCUUGAGAAUGUCGAGGGUAUUGCAUCCGAGAAAGAAGACUGA